AUGGCAACCACAUCCAUCAACGUCGGCAAGCUCAAGGUCGCAGAACUCAAGGAACAGCUGGACAAGCAUGGCCUCUCGACAAAGGGGUUAAAGAAGGAGUUGGCGGACCGGCUCCAGGCAUUCUUGGACGACUCUGCCAACCAGGACGCUCAUGGCCUCGGACACGACAAUGGUGUCCCCGAUACAUCUGCAUCGGUUACAGCUCCAUCCCCCACCGUCAUCCCACCCGAGACCCCUGUGCAGCCUGAGCCUCCUGCUGAGCCUGAACCUGUCGUGGAGCAGCCGCCUGCUCAGCAGCCUGUGUCGCCGCUUCCAACCGCGCCCUUGACGCCCCCACGCGCACCGUCGCCGUUACCGACCGCUGUCGUGGGCAUUGAAGUGGAUAAUGGCCCAAACGAGCCCUUUUCUGUGCCGCGCGUCUCUGAGCCAGCACCGCGCUCGCCGAGCCCGCCCCGUCUCCCUGUUGACAGGCCACCCACACCUCCCGUGAAGACGUCCGCGCAGCCGGCUGGUACUGUCACAGCGACAGCUGUCGCCUCACCCCCCUUGCCCCGCAGCGUCUCUCCUCGCCGCUCCGGGUCUCCUCCAAAGACCCAAGCACCGGCGCUGUCAUCUCUCAAGCUGCCCGCUUCCUUCCCGCCCGGCCAUCCGCCCACCUCGCUGCUAUACAUCACCAAUCUGCGGCGUCCGCUCCUCCACUCGGCCCUCCACGCCCUGCUCGAGUGCACGACGCUGCCCACGCCCUCGACCCCAGCCGCUCCCUUUGGCCAUGCCGAUUUCCCCGGCCUCUGGCUGUCAGGCAUCAAGGACCACGCGUAUGCCGGCUUCGACUCGCCCGAGCUUGCCCUCGCGGCCGCCAAGCGCGUCCACGGCCAAGUCUGGCCGGAGGGCAGCGGCGCCGGUGCCGCGCUCCAGGUCCAGUUCAUCGACCCGCGCGUCGCCCCGGGUCUGCUGGAGAAGGAGGAACGCGCGUGGGCCGCGAACCGCGGCCGCCUCCAGCUCGACGUGCACGAGAGCAAAAGCGGCGACGGAAACGGCGGCGGCGGCGGCUGGCAAUUUGACCUCAUCCCCGUCGGCGGCCUGCCUGCGCGCCCGCCACCCCCGACUGGCGGGCUGGCGGCACGCCUCACGGACCCGCGUGACCCCCGUGCAUCGUCGCUCGUCGACCGCACGCGCGAGCCCGGCCGCGAGCGUCUCCUCCCGCCGCGCGCAGCGCCGUACGACCGCCCCCCGCUACCAGACCACAACGCGAGCUAG